UUUAAACGUUUUCUGUAGGUGGAAACCAAGAACGGAACGGAUACGAAUAACAUAAGAAACAAGUUUACGUCUUACACACUUCCUGGUUGAGUCUUUCAAAAUUGCAAUGAAGAAGGAAAAAUUAUAACUGUUUAUGAUGUCAGAUUCAAAACAAACAAUAAGAGAAGGAGAGAUUACAAUAAGAUCGGGAAUUUUAAAACAGAAGCAUAAGAGAUAUUGUAGACUGUGUCAGGAUGGUGAUGUAGUGGUUCUUGAUUGCUAUGAAAGUAAAGAUCAUACAGACAAAGUUAAAAAUAGCUUCACACUGGUUCAUGUCAAAGGUUUGGAUAAAGUGGUGAAAGAAUCUUCGAAAGAAUUCUACAUAGAUGUUCAUUUAAAAAAGGAGAAAUUCUCACUGAUAUUCCCCAACCAAAAUGAAACAGAAAGCUGGCACAUGUGUUUACAAAACAAUGCCCAUUUUACUGAAGGAAGAGAAGACUCAUCCAAUUUUGAGGAGGAUGAAUCCGGAUUAAAAGACAAUAUUUUAUAUGAUUCUGGACCUGAAGACACUGCUAGAUUUGAUGUAACGUUGAAACCAAAUGAAGAUACCAGAAAUCUUGGUUUGACAAGUACAUACCGCCUGCAUGUAUCAAAUGUGUGUCUUAUGUUAGAGGAUUUAAAAAAACAAGAACCUAAGUUCAGAUGGUAUUACAAUGCAUUGAGGAAAUAUGGUAAACAAGGCAAUGAUUUUGUGAUAGAAGCCGGACGUAAGAGUGAAACAGGUGCAGGGACAUUUGUAUUCGUAUAUGAUGAUCCGUCUAAAAUUACUAAAGCCAUUGAUAAACUUACAAAAAGAAAAGCAAACGAGCAGUUAACAAGUAAACUUAAUUUUGCACCAUCUGAAACAGAGCGACCUGCAUCAAAUAGAUCGUCAGAACCCAUUCAGAAGAGAGAAAACUCUCCCUCUCCCCCAAAGAAGGCAUCAUCAGUAAAGGAAGGAACUGAUUCUAAACCUCCUUUAGCCAGACAACAUUCGGCUCAUAUGUCUCCUAAUUUCAAACAUGAAUUAGAAGAUGUAGUUAGUGGUAAAAGUAAAACGUUAAGUGAGAAAUCUAGCAAGAGUAAGAAAGAAAAACAUGAUACCAAAGAUGAAAAGAAAGAAGAAAAGAAGAAAGGAUUUGGGGCAUUUUUCAAGUCUAGUAAAGAUAAAAAGCCCAAGGAUAAAAUGGAACAGGAAGUUGAUCAUGAGGGUGAUGACGAGUAUCCAGAAAAUCUGUACGAUGAACCAGAACUUCCAGCUGACUUGAAAAGACCUACCGAACCUCUGUACGAGGAAGCUGAUCAGAAAUCUAAAUCUAUGAAAAAACGUGCUUCUGUCAAUGAAAAAAAGCCUUUAAAACCUCAAGAACCUUCAGUUUAUGCACAGGCACAUCCCCCUCGCCAACAAGCCUGGAAAAAUCAUGGGGCUCAGGAUGAAGAGCAUCAGGAAAAUUAUGAAUCAAUAAAAGCUGCUGCGAGUCAAAAAGGCCAGCGUGAAUCAUUUGGCAAGAUAACAAACAACGAAGAGGAAAUCGAUGAUACAUAUGAUCAUGCAUUCUUGACUGAAAGGAACUUAAAAAGAGAUCAAAUUACUGAUGACUCUAAAAACCUUUAUGGAACCUCAAGUGGGAGGGAACCUGAAGCAGAUUAUGAAUUAGGUGACCCUGAUGAUGAACAGGUUGAAUAUGAUGAUGCCUUCUCUACACAGCAAAAAUUUGCAGCUCAACCAACGGAGGCUUAUGAAGAAGUGGAUAUCAGAUCAUCAACAUAGUCUAAAUCACUUUUUUUUUACUCGCUCCAAUAGCUUGUUAAGAAUGUUGAAGUUUUUGACGGUAUCUGGUACAGACUUACCUAUUUAUGAUGCAAUGUAUCGUGAAAGAUGUACAUGUAUUACUAUUGUCCUAUGCAAUUGUUUUACUUGUGCAGUCAAAUUGUUAUGACUUUAUUAAGAUUUCUUAUACAUAUGGUCAAGCACCUGUUAUAGCCUUGUAUGUUAUGUUAACAAUAUAUUUACAUUUUUUUAGUAUGACAUCACAUGUGAUUUGCAAGUUUUCAAACUGUUGAAUUUGCCAUUCUUUGGUCUAUAGUUCAUUAUUUUCAUUGAAAUAUUUUUUCAUUGUGUCAAACGUAACAGUACUCUAAAGAAAAUAAUUUAUGAAAGAAAAAUGUCCAUACUUGGAAAUAAUAAGAUAAAAACAUACUUGAUCAACCUAUACAACAUUUCCACCAGUUCUUCUAAACUUGGAAAAAUUGUAUUUCAGGACAAUGUACUAUAUUCCCUAUCUUUUACAUGCCAUAUGCUGUAUAUUUUAAAACAAGUUUUGAGAUAUCUACCUUCUUGUAGCCUUUAACAUCUAUUUCAAGGUUUAUAACUGUUCUCUGUGAUCAUUGCAUUAAUUGUCUCUUACUUUCUGGACUAUACUCUUCUGCCUACCAGUCUGUAAGCUUUAACUGCUACUUAUACUUUGUUCUAAACAUAUCUGGCUCAAUUUUAACCCCCAUCUCCAAUGGAAUUAAAAAAGGAUUUUUUUGUUAACAUUUAUGAAAUACUUUUGAAGUAGCAAUAUUUGCAAGUAAUUUGUACCUUAUUAACAAAGUUGAGAUAAUACUCACAUGAGGAAUUUGGAAUUAACAUAUACAAAUGUUCUUUACUUCUAAAAACAGUAUGAAUGUGAUGAAUAUUUUUGUAUAAAUGAAUUGGUAAUUUUAUUGUUUCGUCUGCCAAUGAAAGUAACUGAAGGCAACAUAGGUGUUGCUUUUCUGCGGGCAGCAAUAAGGGCAACGACAAUUGUUUAAUCUUAUAUUUAAGUCAGUUGGAUAGGAAACAUUUGUGAUAGAUCAAUGAUAUUUUCUGUAAUGUUGCAUUACUUUCAUAACAUAUCAGUUUGACAAUCAUUUUGAUUAGAUGCUGUCUUUGUCAUGUCCAGCAACUUUUAAUUAUUAACAAAUUGUGUUUUUCUGAAUUUUCUGCUGGCAGGGGAGACAUAUAUCUGUAUAAACAGUUUAUUAGCAUUUUUACUGCAUAUUUUUAAUGGGUUUUGAAUAUAUACAUAGGUGCUUUUACAUUUUCGGUAGAUUCAUUUAUAUUUAGUUAACAUCAAAAUAUUGAUGUUUAUUUAUGAGUAUUUUUAUAAAAAAAGGUUAAUGAAUGUGUUAAUGUUAUAUCCACAUUAAUUCAUAUACAUUCCAUCUUUGUUAAUUGUUAAUGAGUUUUAAAAUAAUAUUUUUAUAGAUAAAAUUAAAAGUUCAAUUCCAUGUUUAUAUUUUAUGAUAAUAUCCUUUGUGUGAAGAGGGUCAUCCAAUUUGAUUUUAGUUAGUUUUCUAUGGUUACUCCUGUUUCUGAAAUACUAUACUUUUGACAUAAUUCUAUCAUCAUUAGUUUUAAAACAGAGGUGAUAUUUCAAUGUGUGCACUCCUGUGUACAUUGUAUAUUACAAUGUUUUUACGUAUGUUUCACUACUCAAUAUAAACCAAACAAAAAUCAAUAAAUCUGAAUUGUGUACAAAUAUUUUUUUUAAAUUCGUUUAUUUGCAGAAUAAGCACUUAUAUCAAUCUCUUUUGAAGUCAAAUUAUCAAAAAUUAUUUUUACAUUGUUGUUCUCUUGCUUUUCAUUAAACUGUUUAGUUAAUUCAUUUAAAGCAUUAUACCUGAAAUUUUUAACUCACAGAUAUUUAAGGAGCUUAUUCAUGACCAGGCUUAUUUUUUUAUUUUGCUCAGAAAAACAUUCCAAAAUUGUUAACUAAUUUUUAUGUACAAAACAAGUAUUUUUUUAUUAUGAUGUAUUAAUAUCUUAUUGUGAAAAUAAAUUUGAUAUUUAUAUACAAUGUAUAUGAUAUAUAUUUUUAUAUGAAGCAAUUUUAGUCUCGUGUCUUGAGGAGAAGGGAUCAUACAUUGUACAAACAUUGCCUUUUUAAUAAUUUAUGAAGAAACAUAAUUAUCAUGUAACUGUCAAUCAUAAAACAAACAAAUGUUUGACUCUGACAAUUUUUUCCUUUCAAUUAUUAUUUGCUUCAUAUAAAUUAAAUUAAGAAGAGAUAUAAUCUCUUUGCAUCUGAAUAUGUAAGUCAGGAAAUUUAAAAUGGUGUAGUAUGUAUAAGGGCUAUAUUACAGUUGUAAGAUUUCAAUAAUAAUAAUUUCUUGACUUUUUUAUGAAAUUCUACUAAUUAUAAUAUGGAAAGUGUACAGUUUUGAAAGAUUCUAUCAGCGCAUAUAUAUUAGAAAAUGUACAUUAAUGCAGUUCAAAUGAGUUUUUUUCUGGCUUUUAUUUUCUGCACCAUUACUUUCUUGUCUUAAACAAUGUGAAGGUUUCCUGUUACAAAAUGACCAAAAUAAUAUACUUUAAAUUUAAUGUGUGUUUUGUUUAUCAUUCAUGUAUUUAUAACAUGUUUUUGAAGAAAAUUAGAUGAAACUUCAGUAAUUUAUAUCCCAUUUCUUAUGCUAAAAGGAAAAGGCAAAACUGUUUUUUUUUAACAAAACUACAUUUUCCUAUGCUUUCGAGGGAAAAUAUGAAAACCAACAAAUGCUGCACAUCAUUUUUAUUACAUUUUAUGUCUUGUUUAUAUUGUUGAUAUGCUGCUUGUUAAAUUAUUGAAUAUAUAUGAUUAUUUAUCUUUUAUAGAGUAUUUUAUUGAACAGUUAAUUCAAAAUUACAUCAUUUUCAUACAUAAUGAUAUGUAGAUUGAAUUUAUAAGUAUUGAAGUUAUAUUUGGGUAAAAAAUAUACAUUAUAAAAAAAUCUUGGAAUUGUAUAUGGCAUGUAAAACUGUUAAAAGAUAUACAGCUUAUAAACAGAAACUUAAAUGGUAGUGGAUAACUAUUAAUAAUGAGUUUACUGUUUUAGCAUGAACAGCAAAUGAGUUUUAACCUUUGUGAGAGUGAAGUUACUCCAUAGGAGUAACUUUAAACAGGGAUAGAAAAGCAUUGAAUAAUACUUAAUGGUAAUACAGUAUUAUUAUUAUUUGUACUAAUUAACACUGUUGUAUUGUUGAAUAUUAAUGAACAUAUGAACUUCAUAAUUGCAAAUAAUUUGAAAAAAUAAAUAUGUGCUUUGAUAAAACAU